UUACCUUAUAGCUGAAAAACACAAACUCUUUGGACGAGUUUUGAAGCAUUAAAGGUAGAUUUCAUGAUGUACCACUGUUUUUCUCCAUGGCAACAGGCUACCAAAUACCUCAGUAAAAUUAAAAACUUGUUGUGAAAUGUCGAAACGCCAGAAACUGGCUUGGUUGCGUUAGGACGUUAAGGACAGCACUUUUGAACACAACUGUAAAGACAUCAUGACCUUCAUCUUUGGCGAUGAUAAAACAAAAGUCUUAAUCGAAGUGCAUCUGUUCACUUAAACAGUUUAGUGUAAUCCUUCGAUGCUCCGCCUGUAUUUCGUACGUUUAUACUUAGACUUCACUUCAGGUAAUAAAACAAUUGUUAGUUUUUAUUUUAAGGAUCUUGAAGAAAUGUACUGUGGUUUCAUUCAAAUGGUGCUAGUUCGAUUGCAAUAUUCGCUACCCGCCCAGAUCAACAUUUCAUCAUAUGUUCCAGUAGUAAAAGCAAAUAGUAAAGACCAAUUGGUUGCUUUUUGAGUCGUCUUCACAUUUACCUUCGCUUCUCAUCUGCAAAUGUUUUGUUUGCCUUCGUACAAACUUUUUACAGGUGCCGUUUCCUUUGGAAUGCAUUCAUCCGUCAGCCCCGAUAAAGGGUUACCGUUGAGAGAGGGUUGAGCGCUCGAAUAAUAGCCCUAGGUAUGUUGUAUACAUAGCGUUUAUGUCGUGUUCUCAUCAUGUUGAUGUUCUGCUCACGCCACCACUACCACUGUUGUUAACGGUGAAAUUCUCCGCCGGUGUUAAAACAGCGGCCGCUUGAAAAUGUUCGCGAAGAUUCUUCACUGCGAGUAUAUUUAUUUCUGAAUCACGCCCUCUAUGAUCGGGAUCAGCAAAGUCGGUAGCAUCGUGUCUCUUAUCUGUGUGACACCGCGCACUACACAAGUUUCAAGCCAAAAUUGAAGCGGCUAUGCAUUAUAAAUCCUUUUCUCUUGAAGGAGAUUCCGCCCGCUGUACAUAAGCGUGAAUUCCGGCGACAGCGAAGAGCUUACAGUCGUUAAUCACCUUUCCAGUACGUGAAUGCCAUCGAUUUCGGUUUGUUUCGUGUAGAUUUACCUACCGCAACGCCACAAGGCGGUGCUAUCAAAAAACGACGAAUGUCGGCAUCGUAGAACACUCUUGAAACCAGGGACGACAGCGGCGACAUGGGUGUGUUUAGCAACUUCACGUAUUGCCCUCCAAAUGAGACUUUAUGGACAAUUUGGGCGAACCACGGACUCUCCCAUUGUUUGACGCAUACGCUUACUUCAUCGGCAUUAGCGUUCUGGGUAAUCAUUAUUGGUCUCAGCGAAUGGUGGGUGUAUCGAAAAUAUGGAACACUACUUGAGAGAGCUGUUCUACCUAAACGACCUUUAUAUACGCUACAACUAGCUCUCACAUGGCUUCAAGUUGUUCUUGUUAUCAUUCAGAUGGUUAUAUAUUUUAUUCACGUUAAUGGCCUUCGUCUAUACGGCUUCAACAUAGUCUGGGGCGGGCUUACCAUCUUAUCCUGGCUGUGGUCACUCUACCUUGUCUGUUUGGAGCGAUACUUUGCUUUACCAAGUGUACCGACCGGAGGUCAUGGGCUUAUCUUACUAAUCUUCUGGACAGGUGCACUUGUUGCCGAAAGCAUUCUCUUCAUAAACUUCAAUUCACCAGUAUGGUUCUUUCACCUAAGCAGUGCGAAAGACAAAUACCUUUUAGCCUUAUUCACUUCUCGUUUUAUGGUGACCUCACUUCUUUUCCUGAUUGGACUGCAUGCGCCUGGCGUACCGCGACGAGAAGAUUACCUUCUUGGAGCAGGGGUGCCGUACACUCUUCAUGUUCAAUCAACUACGCGAUCCCCGUGGACUGGCUUGUUUCGUCACCAGUUUCGUUACCUGCUGCUUUUUCUUUGGCCGAAAAACAGUACUAAACUGCAAUUCAGUAUUUUUGUUUGUUUCGGAAUUAUGAUUGUUGGUCGCGUUUGCACUCCCAUCGCGCCGAUCAUGCAAAAGAAAAUUGUUGAUGGUCUGGUUUCUUCAACUGGUCACCCGAAGGAGUUCCUGUGGAUGGACAUCCUUAUCUAUGUUUCAUUGUUACUUCUGUUUCAAGGUGCCAAUAGCUUGAUGGCUAAUGUUCGUUCAUAUCUAUGGCUUGGAGUCCAACAAUACACGACUAAAGCUACACAAGUAUCACUUUAUGCCCAUUUGCACAGUUUGUCGAUCAGCUGGCACCUUUCACGAAAAACAGGUGAAGUGCUCAAGGUCCUUGACCGAGGCACAUCAGGUGUUCAAAAUUUGUGCUCUUACUUAUUAUUCCAGAUUUUCCCUGCAUUAACCGAUAUCGUCAUCGCGUUCGGCUACUUUACGUACGCGUUCAAUUUAUGGUUUGCUCUUGUUGCCUUUGUAUGUAUGGGGAUCUAUCUGACAGCUUCGAUCGUUCUCACUGAGUGGCGCACCAAGUUUCGACAUGAAAUGAACCAUUUGGAAAAUGCUGCGUAUGCUAAAAGUGUUGAUGCCCUGCUUAACUUUGAAACAGUGAAGUACUAUAACGCCGAGGAAAUUGAGGUCAACCAGUAUUCUGAGUGUAUAGCUAAGUAUCAGAAUGCUGAAUGGAAGUCACAAUCAUCGUUGGCAUUACUUAACAUUAUUCAGGGUAGCACUUCGAGCAUUGGCACACUAAUUGGAGCACUACUUUGUGCUUAUAUGAUUUACGAAGGCACCAACGACAUCACGGCGGGCGACUAUGUCCUCUUCAUAGCAUACAAUGCGCAACUGUAUGCGCCGCUUACUUUUCUUGGAACUUACUAUCGUAUGAUUCAACAAUCGUUUACCGAUAUGGAAAACAUGUUCGAAUUGCUCGAUAAUCGACCAGAGGUCGUUGACCACCAUGAAGCCGUCGAACUUAAGCUGGAACAGAGCCAAAUCGAAUUUCGUGACGUGUGUUUCUCGUAUAAUCCGGAACGUACGGUCCUCAAACACAUAUCGUUUGUGGUUCCCCAUAAGCACACCGUUGCACUGGUAGGUCACACAGGUUCUGGUAAAAGUACAAUACUACGCCUAUUGUUACGUUUCUACGAUGUGCAAUCUGGUAGCAUCCUCAUCGAUGGCCAAAACAUCUCCGCAGUGACUCAGCGAUCGUUGAGAUCACAUAUUGGUGUCGUUCCACAGGAUACGGUUCUCUUCAACAUGUCCAUUCGGGAAAAUAUACGUUAUGGUCGGCCGUCCGCCUCCGACGAGGAUGUGGAGGCAGCAGCUGCAGCUGCUGAUCUGCACCACAGUAUUUUUCAAAUGCCCGAUAAAUAUGAGACGGUGGUCGGCGAACGUGGCUUGAAGUUGAGUGGUGGCGAGAAACAGCGAGUUGCAAUCGCUCGAACAAUACUAAAGGCGCCUUCAAUAAUUGUCCUCGAUGAGGCUACUUCCGCGCUUGACACACAGACCGAACGGAAUGUGCAGAAGGCGCUCAAUGACGUUCUCGAGAACAGGACAUCCAUAGUAAUCGCGCAUCGGCUUUCGACGAUUAUCAAUGCAAAUCAAAUCAUCGUCCUAGAACACGGCGAAAUUGUCGAGCAGGGCACUCACGAGGAGCUUCUAAGCCUCAAUAAAAAAUACGCAUCAAUGUGGAGACAACAGCAAGCGGAAGAGCAGCUAAGAAGUGAGCGAGAAGCUGGACCAUCUACACAAUAAUUAGAAAGUGGUUAUCACUUUUACGAAAAAAGUGAAGCUUUUGAGGGAAAUAGGAACUAUACUUACAAUUCUUUAAGAAAUCGAGUACCGCGGACCGGAAGAGCUGAUCGAGUAUAAGAAAAAAGAGUCCACUGAUUAUAAUGUGAUCGAAAUGGACAUAGCAACAGAUCUAAAACCCACGACGGCACAAGUAGCAAUUAUAAUUCGUCCGUUCCUUUUUUCCGCGGGAUACUAGAUAUGAUUUUUACUAGCAAUCGCUUUCGUUAACGAUCUACGGGAACCCCAUAUUCUGUAUCAUUUUUUAUGAAAUAGGCUAAGUUGGGAGGUGCUGCGUGGAUGGGUUGUAAGUUAUUUGGAGAGUGGCCAAAUGUUUAAUUGUUUGCUAACUGGUUACUCUGGUUAUUGUUGCUACUUUAUAUUUAUCUGGUAUGUCACUCUUCACCAGUAUUACAGAAAACCUGUACCUAUAGGUCUUUGAAUGCACCUACGUUCUUGCUACUCGAAAAAAUGAAUAGUAUAUAUAUACACCUCUACAAAUGAUCAUCUAUAGAUGGAUCGUCUUACAGAUUUUUGAUGACUAAUUAAGAGGUCUACUGAUAUGGCAUUAUUUCUAUUAUGAUAUCGAAACAAAUGUUUUACUAUGGGAUAUUAUGAGAUAAAAAGCUGUAGCUAAUUUUGUGAAAUCAUGUAAUUAUAUUGGUGGUAAGCCAUAUAGAAAUCCUACGCGAAGGUUCUCAAAUAAGCAUAGACAUAAACAUAUUGUAAGAUUAAUAUUUCCGUAUAAUAGUCACUGUGAAAAAAGCAAGUAAACAGGAAUGCAAAUGUUACGCAUGUGAUUAUAGGCGGGUCAACCGAGGCUUUCUUAUAUACAGGAAAUAAUGUUUAAGCGCGAUUAGACUGCACAUAAAUGAACAAAUGAACAAAAAUAACAUAAACAAGUUA